GACAGACGUGCGCGCGGCGCCGACGGAAAAUGUCGAGCGCCCGAUGGUUAUCCCAAAAAAGUGGUGAUACAAGUGAUCAAAAGAAACUUGUUUAAAAAAUGACAGUGCUUUUAGUGAUGCUAUUUGUGAUUGUAAAUUAGCGGAAAUGGGAUGCCAAAGCGUAAUAUCUUUUAAACUAGCGCGUCGGGAUUAAAACAAGAUUUAUCUCGGAAAACAACGGAGUUUCCGGGUUUAUUUUAAAAGCAUCCUAUUCAUUACAUUCUAUGGGCUAAUCCUUACUAUCAUUUGUGCUGAAGUUGAAUCCCGUACGAACCACUUACGUGUAACGACCCUAUAGUUAAAGAUUAAAAAUAGAUGCAAGUAAAAACUUUUAAUAUAUGGGGUGUCAUUCAUUUUAAAGGCUGAACGUGUCAUUUAGUUAUUUGUCAACGAGUUAAUUAUGAACUAGAAUAAAUGUUGACAGAUUUAGUGGAAACAGAUAGAGUUAAGUUGUGACAUGAUGCUUUUAAGCUAUUUAGUAACUAAAAGGUAGAUUUAAUUUAGACGAGAUUUAUGUUAAUUGGGAACUUAGUGUCAUAAAAAGUGACGAUGAAGUGUGUCAAAUUAAACGUAAGCUUUAGUUGUGUGUAAGAUUGUGGCAAGGGAUACUAAAAUGGCUUGUAACUUGAAGUGGAUGAAGAGACACUCCUGGCUCCUAAAAUCGGUUUUACUUUUCAUCACGCUGAUAUACGAGGCGGGGGGCCUCCGUACCACGGAACUGCGGAUAUCUCCAAGGGUCGUUCAGCGAGGAAGGAACGUUACAAUGGCCUGUAUAUACCAGUCGCACGACUACGGGAUCUACUCGGUCAAGUGGUACAGGGGAGCACAGGAGUUCUAUAGAUACUCUCCGUUGGAGAAUCCCACAACCAGGGUGAUGCCCAUUACUGGGAUUAAAGUUGAUAGGUUAAGGUCAAACGAAACACACGUAGUGAUAGUUCGAGUGACGCCUGCGCUUAGCGGGAAUUAUAGCUGUGAGGUUAUACUAAACGCGCCUUCAUACCCCCACUACACCGCUGUGGGCAGACUGGAUGUUGUUGGUAUCGGCGGUCUCCGAGCGACGGAGUUAAGAAUAUCCCCACCAGUCGUCCAGCGAGGGUCAGACGCCACCCUGGCCUGCUUGUACGAGCUGACCGACGCCCCACUGUACUCCGUCAAGUGGUACCGAGGCAGACACGAGUUUUACCGAUAUUCCCCGACGGAAACUCCGGCCACGAAGAUAUUUCCUUUCGCCGGGAUCAACGUUGAUCUGGCGCGGUCAAAUCAGAGUCAAGUAGUACUCACCAGGGUUAGCUUCGGCCUGUCCGGGAACUUCAGUUGUGAGGUGACUGCCGACGCUCCCUCCUUCGCCACAUCCAUCGUCUCCAAUAACAUGGAAGUUGUGGUGCUCCCACCGUCGUCACCGACAAUACACACGAGCCAGAACUACUACACGCCAGGGGACGUCAUGAAAGCCAACUGUUCUUCAGGUCCCAGUCGCCCUCCAUCCGUCCUCGAGUUCUACAUCAACGACCUUCCUGUCAUGCCAGGGUUGUACCAAGUGCACCCGUCGACUGAAGGUCUGUUCCGCGCUGAUCUGUUCGUUCAGAUCCAACUCUGGCCGGCGCAUUACGAGAGGGGCGCCCCUAUAUUACGGUGCGAGGCGAAAGUAGCAGACUUGUAUAGAGAAGACUCCACAGUAGCCCUUUACUCCGCCAACAGUGAUCCUAAAAUUGAAAGAGUGACGUCACCUGGGUCAUCUACAAAACUGCAAGCGUGCCAAAUACUAGUGUUAAUAAUCUUGCUCGUUUGGGCGAACAACACUUAGAUAUAUAAGUUAAAUAUAUACCAAAGACUUUAAUUACUCGACAAAAAAGGUAGUUAAGUGAAGUUAUGGUAUGAAAGUCUUAUGAAAUAAUUUUAUUAAACUUCUAGGUACAUCUAUUUCUUUGCAUGUCGAUGGCAAAACCUGAAACGCUACUACACACUGGCUACUCAAGAUUCAUGCCUUCACGAAGCCAAAUCAAAAUAAAAAAAAAAAACAUGUUUUUAAUUAUUGUUCACCCGCCUACAUGGAAAACAGGUAUGAUAAUGUGUUUUUAAAUUUAUUUUUAUUGAAAUAUUUAUUUUUAUUUAACUUUAGAAUCCAAAAAUUUAAAAGUAAAAUAAAGAGAAUGAUGACAAUUACAAUUUGUAAUUCAAUGUUUGUGUUAUAAAAGAACUCAUUCAUACAGAAACAUUGUAUCUUGAGAUAAAGGUACUAUGAAUAAGCAUUAAGUGACCUCAAAAUCUUUUAUUAGUUCAUACUAGUAAGUACUAAAUAAUUUAAUGUAAUCAACAUUGUUUUAAUAUUUCUCAGGCACGUUUUUUGCCAAAGCUAUUUGUAGCUUUGACGCUAGUAGUUUGCUACUUGCGUUUCGGGAUAACUAUGCCUAUGUUGGGGUAAUUAGUGACGCGAUGCGAUACAUUGGUUAUGUUGUAGAUUAAUCAAGCGACUAUACACAGGACACAAACACAUACGUCCUUACUUUUGAUAUUUUUGUUUCAAACGAAAGUCUUAAGUUUUGUCCCAAUACAUACCAAAAGCACUGACCGACGACAAACGAUCUUUCAAUCAAACGAUCAUAAUUGAUCUGGAUCUUUGAUCCAACAAGAGAAAAAUGUAUCAUUAAGUACAUACCUACUGUUUUUUAUAUAAAAACAUUUAAUAAAAUUAUCGAAUAGGCACGCUGAAAACUUUCUUCUAGUCCGUUAUAUAUGUAGCUAAACAUUUCCAAAAGGUUAAAACCUGUGAUUGUCUUCAGCGCUUGAAAAAGCGCAUCAUCAAAAUGUGAGGAAAAAUCGAGAAUUUAAAGUCUUUAGUCAAUUGUAAACUGUAUAAAAUAUAAGUUAUAAAUAAAUAUUUAGAUGUAUUUGAUUCUGUCAGCGGGACAUUGUGAAUUUAAUAUAGAUACUGUACCUAAACGAGCUGCUAUACCAAAGAAUGUAAAGACUAAAAAUAUUGUUGAUUUAAUACAAAUUAUAUAUAUGUCGGG